AUGGCAGAUCCUUCAGUGGUGGAUCACCUGACACGACUGAGACUCAAACUCCUAGAAAAGAGACUAGAAAAUGAACAGGAGAACCUAGAGAAGAUGGAGUUGCCUCUCCCAGCAGCAAGGAACAGAUGUGAGGAUAUGCUACAAAGUGCCCUAAAGCGAAGGAAAGAUCUCCUGCAGGAGCUAAGGGAGCAGCACCUUCUGGAAGAGCUUUCACAGCCCUCUGCACCAGCUGGCGGACACUGUCACAGCCACAGAGCUGCUGCCCCACACAUCUACCAAAUACCUUUUCCAGCUCCAGAGGAGCCACCACGGAUUAUCCAGCAGAUGAUGCCGCCUCAGCCUGCCACCAUCAUUCAGCAGUUACCUCAGCAGCAGUCUCCCCUGAUCACACAGAUCCCCCCUGCCCUACCUUUUUCAGCCCCCCGCUCUGGAAGCAUUAAAGAAGAUAUGGUAGAGAUGAUGCUGAUGCAGAAUGCUCAGAUGCACCAGAUCAUCAUGCAGAACAUGAUGCUGAAGGCUCUGCCACCGAUGGCAUUCACACAGCCUGCGGGAGCCAGCCCUUCCCUGCUUCAGUGUGCACGGCAGGACCUGCAGGUUCCUGCUCCCCUGGCUGUGAAAGCAGACAGGCCCAGGCCAUCUGUGGUGCACCACCACCACUACCCUGCCACAGGGAUGCUCCCAGCACCCCACGAGCAAUUCCCAUCCACAUCCACGGCACAUCGCUGGACCAGCAGCACAAUCCCUGCCCUGCCCACGUAA